AUGACGGGACCCAAUACUACACAGUUACCCAAGGACUCGGUCCAGGCGCAGAAAUCGGUCCAGACAAUAUCGGAUGCUGAUUUUUCGCCUAAGAUCUCGGGCCAGACACCAUCGGAUGCUGUUUCUUCUGAGCCUCAGGUCGCACCGACAUGGAUAACUCCAACUGGCCAGCUACCUAACAACGUAGUUGACAAUAUGAAGCAAAUCAGCCCGGAAUCGACAACUAUGGUGAAAUCGCUUGGUAGAUUUUUAUUUUUGGAACCAGCGGAUUUUCACUUGGACAUGGACACUCCGUGGAAUCUAUCGUCGCGGCAACAGAUGAACCAGGGUCAAGUGGCAGCAAACUUAUUUCGUGAUAAGUUGCAACGUCAUCGUCGCCCACGAUCGCCAGAAGAGUUACAGGAGAACUGUCAGGAUACUGCGAAUGUACCUAUUGAUACGAUUUCAUAUCGCAAAUACUUUCCCGUUCAUCACGACCGCUACUUAGAAGACCCACAGAAGGUGAAACGCUAG